AGAACUCCUUCGCCUAAGGAUAAGAUCGAGGAACCAAAGGAUAUGAAAUACCACAGCCAUCACCUCGACUACAAAUACACACCACCGCCAGUGAAGGGACCCUGUAUUGCCUGUGGCAUGUAUAUCAUCGGAUCGUUGGUGACAGCAUGUGAUGAGAUGUGGCACCCGGAGUGCUUCACGUGUUGCAAUUGCGACACUAUUCUCAAGGCAUACAAUUACCAAGUUCAGGACAAUAAGCAAUACUGCAAACCCUGUCACGAGAAACUGUUUGGCCCGCCCUGUUCUGCCUGCCAUAAGCCCACUAAAAAC